ACUGUAUUUAAAGAGGCGGCUUUCUUUCUCCACAUUGUAGCUAUCCAUAGUUCAAGGCUAGACAUUGUCACUUGGAGAGGCAUUUCAACUUUCACAGGUCAAAUCACGGUUUCAGGAGUAUGAGUUUAAGAUUCAUCACUUUUGAAAAUCGUUUCAUGGAAAAACAAGAAAAGCUAUUUAUACCUGGGACGACAUUUAAUCAAAGGGACACCUUUAGAGAAUCCUGAUCUCUAAUGCUUCUAUCCUUAAACUCUCCUGUAAAGAUUUUGGAGAAGCUUUUUGUCCUUAGGCCUUCCUUCGGUCCUUGUAUUGAUCAAACCGAAUCCGGAAAAUGGUUGGAUUGAGACCUACAGAUGUGCCUCCGUCAGCGGCUGUAAAGUUUGUGGGAGCAGGAACUGCAGCAUGCAUCGCUGACCUGAUCACCUUCCCUCUGGACACAGCCAAAGUGCGGCUGCAGAUCCAAGGCGAGAGCACAGCCUCAGGAUCUCCAGGGAAAGGCUCUGCAGUGAAGUAUCGGGGAGUGUUUGGCACCAUCACCACAAUGGUGCGCACAGAGGGGCCUCUGAGUCUUUACAAUGGACUGGUGGCAGGACUCCAGAGACAGAUGAGCUUUGCCUCCGUCCGCAUUGGUCUCUAUGACUCUGUUAAACAGUUCUACACUAAAGGCUCUGACCAUGUUGGCAUCGGCAGUCGGCUGCUUGCGGGUUGUACUACAGGUGCCAUGGCAGUUGCUUUGGCCCAGCCAACAGAUGUGGUCAAAGUCCGCUUCCAGGCACAGGCCAGGUCUCCCGGAAACACCAGACUUUAUAGUGGCACUAUUGACGCUUACAGGACCAUUGGCAAGGAAGAAGGCAUCCGUGGUCUGUGGAAAGGGACAGCUCCAAACAUCACACGAAACGCUAUUGUUAACUGCACAGAACUGGUGACAUAUGACUUCAUCAAAGAUAUGCUUCUUCAGUCCACUCCUCUGACAGAUAACCUCCCCUGUCACUUCGUGUCAGCUUUUGGAGCGGGGUUAUGCACAACAGUGAUCGCCUCUCCUGUCGAUGUGGUCAAGACGAGAUAUAUGAACUCUGCUCUUGGCCAAUACAGCAGUGUCCUCAACUGUGCUGCUGCUAUGAUGACCAAAGAGGGCCCCGGUGCCUUUUAUAAAGGGUUCAUGCCGUCGUUCUUACGCCUGGGCUCCUGGAACGUUGUGAUGUUUGUAACAUAUGAGCAGCUGAAAAGAGCCAUGAUGGCAGCGACUCACAGCAACACAGCGUUACUGUGAUCAUCGCUGUCUGCCAGAAGGCCGAGUUGUACCAGAGUUCAGUUGUAUUAUACACAAUUAUGUUUACUUCUUGUCGUAUUUCCAUGUAUGUUUCAACUUAUUGUAUUAAAAAACAGAAAAGACAGAAAUCUAACUA